AUGUUAAGCAAUAAUUCAUAAACAGAUUCUAAAGUAUAAACAGAUAAAAAGUGGAUAUUUAAUUUUGCAGGUGCAUUAGGAGUAUUUUUUGUUGUAAGUUUGUAUGCCUUAAUUAGAGGAUAACCUUCCUUAUUGUCAAAACCUUUUGAUCCUGAUAAUAGACCUUGCGGGAUAGGGGAUUUGGAAGAUUAUCCAUACAUUUAUUUCGUUAAUCCUUAAAAGACAUAGCUUUACAGAAAUGUUUGUAUAAAAUAAUGUCCAUAAGUUAAUUCAGUUAAGUUAUAGCAAUCGAUAGAGUGUGCUACAAAUUCAGUUGUAAGAAAUUGCUAACUCAAUAUAGGAAUUACAAUUGACAUAAAAGAUUUCUUUUUGAUUUACGACAGUUAUGCAUACCUUAACAAAGUGUGCUUGCCAGCUAAUAAUAAAUAUUUUGAAGUCAUAAGAGAAAAGCUAUUAAUUGGCAAAAUUGAUUUGAUAUUUAAUGACAUUACCUCUUCCUUACCUCUAAUUAUUUUCUUUACUAUAUCAUGCACGCUUUUAAGCUUCUAUUCAAAGUACUUCUUAGACAAUGAUAAAAUAGCUAGGAUAACCUAUUUUAUAGUGUUUUUUUUGAGUGCAGUUGGAUGCUUUAUACUAGGAGUUGUCCUAUUUAACAAAUUCGUUCAUAUAAUUUUUGAUUCUCCAGAAAAUAAAACACAAGUACUUUCAACAUCAUCAGACGCUUAUUAAUAUACAUCAAGCUAGAAUUCCUCACUAGUCUUUUAUCUAUUUGCUUCCAUUAUGUGCUUCUAUUAAUUUUUAGUGUUUGUGAAAGAUCAAGUAUCAAAUGAAACAAUGAAGAACCAUGAGAUAAGAAUAAAGAUAUUUAGUAAUAUCCCAGAAGUAAUAAAUGCUCGUAAAUACUUGGAAUUUCUUCCAGUAUUUGCUUUCUUUGUAACACUUCUUCUAUUUUUGAUUAUGUUUAUUAUAGAAAGAAAUAUCUUUUCUAUUGUAAGCAUAGAAGUGAAUAUAUAUCUAUCGCCUUUUGACCGUGUCCGUAGAGGUAUUGAACCUUAUAUUUUGAAUAUAUUGAUUAUCCCUAUCUUUAUCUGGAUGAUCUCUAUUAUAAUAUAAACAUGUGAAUAUAUCACUUUAUAAUCAACUUACCACACAUUAGACAACUAUCAAGAAUAUGAUUUUAAAUAGCUGCUCUAGACUGUUUUCUCAUAAAGAAUGGGAACAAUUAUUAAAGGAGCCUUUUUGAUUGGCUUUACUGACUGGAUUAGGACACCACUAGAAUUAUUAGAAUAUAAUUUUCAGGAGUAUUUGAAAAAAAAUAAAAUUGAAGAUUUAAAUUGCGUGAGGAGAAUGCAAUAAAAGAUAUGUAAUUUUUACCAGAGCACCGAGUUAAAAUCUUACACAAAGUACGCCUAUAUAGAUAAUGCAAGAAAAAAUAAAGAGUUUGUAGAAUCAGGAUUGCAUUUCCAAAAUGAAAUAUUAGACAAGAAUAGAUGGAUAGAGAGCCUAGUCGAUAUGUCAGAGAUAUUUGAGAAUUAAAUGAACAUUUCUAUAUGUAUGAUCAUAACUAUUUUGUUCUAUCUUUUUUUGAGGCUAAUAUACGCUAGUUCUUCUAUUUCUUCUUACACCACUACGUCAAUUUUUGUGCUGGGAAUCAGUUUUCUAAUUACUCUAUUCUAAGUAAAUAUGUACGGCACCACUUACUGUAGCAUUAUACUAUAAUAUACAAUAUAAUAAAUAGAAAAUUCAGCUGAAGAGUUAACUCAGGCUAAAUUCCUAAAGUAUUUGAAGAAAGAAUUCUAGUAGAAACUGAAAACGAAGUUCUCUUAAGGUGAGAAUGCUCCUGCUUUUAUAAAGUUUUGCAAUCAACCUUGA